ACUACCAAGGUCCGUUCAAGUUAGUGCAGGCAAUGGAGGAAAUCCUUACUCUAGUAUUAAUGCAGAAUUUCAAAUUUCUGAUUAGAGUUUUGCCCAGAUAUUGAAUAGAACAGGUAGAAAUUUGGCAAGAAGGAGAAAAGAACGAAAAAAAAAAUGGAGUAUUUUUAGAAUUUUAGGGUUCUAACAUAUAAGGGCUGAAACAAUGUGGAGGCAAAGAAGGGAGUUCAUAGCAAAUUUAUUAGAAUCUUUCAUAAAAAAUAAAUCCCACAAAUCUGGGAAGCUUUUACAUGCUCAUAUCAUUCGUACUGGAUUCAUUUCUCAGAACUUCUUCUCGAAUCGUUUGAUCGAUUUUUACUCAAAAUGUGAUAAUCCCAGAUAUGGCCUCAAUGUGUUCGACGUAAUGCCUGAAAGAGAUAUUUUUUCUUGGAAUUCUGUGUUGAGUACAUUGUGUGCAGUUAAUAGAAUGCAGGAUGCAUGCCAGGUGUUUGAUGAAAUGCCUGAGAGAAAUGUUGUUUCUUGGAAUAAUAUGAUUAGCGCAUUUGUAAGAAAUGGGGAUCAUGGUAAAGCAUUAGAAAUGUAUAAGUUGAUGGUUUUGGAAGGUUUAGUGCCUACCCAUUUUACGUUGGCAAGUGUUUUUAGUGCUUGUGGUGUUUUGGUGCAGCUGAAUUUCGGCAGGUUGUGUCAUAAUCUUGCAAUUAAAGUUGGUGCUGACCAAAAUUUGUAUGUGGGUAAUGCUUUGCUGUCGAUGUAUGCUAAGUGUAGAUGUAUUGGUGAUGCAAUUCGCGCUUUUGAAGAGUUGCCAGCACCUAAUGAAGUGUCUUUCACGGCGUUAAUGGGUGGCUUGAAAGAGACUAGGAGAGUUGAAGAGGCAUUAGGAGUGUUUAAGUUGAUGCACAAGACCAAAGCUUGCAUAGAUGCUGUGUCAUUGUCAAGCAUUCUUGGUGUUUGUACUAGACGAGAAGGUGAUGGUCAACAGCGUAAGAUGCAUGGGAAACUAGUACAUAGUCUUUCUAUCAAGCUUGGAUUACAAGAUGAUUUUCAUUUGGUUAAUUCACUGCUUGACAUGUAUGCCAAAAAUGGAGACAUGGAUAAUGCUGAAAUCAUUUUUCAAAAUAUGUCCAACCCAAAUGUUGUUUCUUGGAAUAUCAUGAUUGCUGGAUAUGGUGAAAUUUACAAGUGUGAAAAAGCUGUGGAGCUAAUGGAGAGAAUGGUGUUUUCUGGUUGCCAACCAGACGAGGUUACUUGUAUCAAUAUGAUAGCAGCAAGCGUAAAAUCAGGAAAUGUCGAAGUUGGGCGUCAAGUAUUUGACAAACUGGUUCGCCCAAGCUUGAGCUCAUGGAAUGCUAUGCUUUCUGGGUAUUCGCAGGUUGAGAAGCAUGAUGAGGCAAUAAUGCUUUUUAGGGAGAUGCAGUUUAGGAAUGUGAAGCCUGAUUGCACUACUCUAGCUACUGUUCUUGCCUCUUGUGCAGAGAUGGCAUUUCUGGAAUGUGGAAAACAAGUCCAUGCUGUCACACUAAAGGCAACUUUAAACGAUGAUGUUUAUGUUGGCAGCGGGCUUAUUACCUUGUAUUCUAGAAGUGGUAAAGUGGACAUUGCCAAGUCUAUUUUUCAUGGACUGCCUGCUGUGGAUAUUGUUUGCUGGAAUUCUAUUAUAGCUGGAUUUUCGCUUAAUUCUCUAGAAAAGGAGGCUUUUAGUUUCUUUAAUAUCAUGAAAAGAAGGAAUAUGUGCCCUACCCAGUUCACCUAUGCUACAAUUUUGAGUUGCUGUGCCAAACAAUCCUUUUCAUCUCAAGGUAGACAAGUUCAUGCUCUGAUACUGAAGUAUGGAUGCAUAAAUGAUAUAAUUGUUGGAAGUGCUCUUAUAGAUAUGUAUUGUAAAUGUGGUAGCGUAGAGAGGGGCCGGGAAAUUUUUGAUGCAAUGCCUAUGAAAAAUGCUGUUAUUUGGAAUGAAAUGAUACAUGGGUAUGCACAAAGUGGUUUUGGAGAUGAAGCUGUGCGUCUGUAUGAUUGCAUGAUAAGAGAAGGGAGAAAACCUGAUGAUAUAACCUUUGUGGCCGUUCUAUCAGCUUGCAGCCAUUCUGGAUUGGUUAAUGAAGGUAUCAGAAUAUUUGAAUCAAUGCAAAUAGAGCAUAAAGUGGAACCACUUGUAAGUCAUUACACCUGCGUUAUUGAUACUUUAGGUAGAGCUGGGAGGUUGCAUGAAGCAGAAAAGCUUAUAAGAAGGAUGCCAUGCAAAGAUGAUCCUGUUAUAUGGGAGGUUCUGCUCAGCUCGUGUAGAUUUUAUUCUGACAUUCUUGUAGCAAAAAGAGCUGCUGAUGAACUCUUGUCCCUGAAUCCUAGAAGUUCUACUCCUUAUGUACUUCUAGCAAAUGUCUAUUCUUCAAUGGGAAGAUGGGAAGAAGUAAGGGCAGUCAGAGAGCUCAUGAGUGAUAAUAAUGUGGGUAAGGAUGCAGGCUAUAGCUGGACAGAAAAUAAGAAUAUGAAAGGAACUUUGGAAGCUGAUGACUCUUAUAUUAUUCCCCCUCAAUCACAAUGGGGUUGAAGGCAGUCAUGCUGCCAUGAUUGAGAGGUCUCAAAUUGUUUAGGUGCUGCUCCGGAGUCUUUUUGUUGGAACUUGUGUAGUUGUAGGCUAAAUGUAUAUAUUAUUGAAUGCACUUUUAUUUUCUGGCAUCUUCAUUUUCAAGUGCAGAAGCGCUCUUCCAAAACUCUUCUAUAAACACAUCUAGAUCAUCGUCUCACAGAGUCGCAACAGUUCACUGGAGACAUGAAAGAGACAGGGAGUUGAUAACACAGACACAAAACAAACAAACAAUAGUAGGGCAUGUUAUCUUUGUUAUUUACUCAGGCUGCAGCCUGCAGAGGAGGGCCCGGGGGGAGGGGGUGGAUUAAGGGUACAUUCUUGAUCUUAAAUUUAUUUGUUUGUUUGUUUUACCAACUCCCUUUUUUCAUUGCCCUUAAAAAGUUGAUAUUAUUGAAUACAUUUACUAAACAUCUCCUUUUCAGAAAAUACAAUUGCAAUCAUGCAUAGCUGCAUACACAACAGAUCCUUUUACAACGCCGAUAUCAAAUCAUAUAUGGAUGGUAUCGACAUUGACUGGUCUCCUGUGAUAUAUGUGACAGCCAUACCAGAUGAGACGACGGAGGAUUUGCUGCAGCCUUUAAGGACAUGAAAUUGUGGGUGAUGAAUGUAAGUUCCUGCUAUGUCAUGCUGAUUAUAUGUCAAUGAGGUUUAUUUGGAAUAUAUCAUGAUUGGUACAAAGUGAUUCAGUACUUGUCCAAGAACUUAUGACUUCAUACUGACCAUCUUUUCUCUGCUCUCAAGAAAAGGUGUAAGUUUGUGGCAGUAAUGGCAGAAGUUGACAAAAUCCUAAAGGCCAGAAGGAAGUCCAGUAGUGAGAGACAUUGCUGAAACCAUAGCUGAGGUGGACAUCAGGACCAAAUCCUUACAGUGGAAGAUCAGGUUCACCUUUUCAAAAUAUCUUGAAGUAUUGCUCUGUGUUCAGAAGACAACAUGGCAUCCCUCGAUGUAGAAACUAUUACACCAGCCAUAGCUUAGCUUUGAUGCACUGGUUCUCAUAGUUCGAGACUAUAUGUUGUUCUGAAUAGAAACUGUGAUUGCAAGUGAUCGUUGAUGGUAGACGUAUCAGAAACUGCAGGAACAGCUAAGCUGCAUCUGGAAAUCACAAAACAAAAGAACCACAAGAGUGUAUCCAACACUUGUAUACUUUUUUUUAGUUUUAGCAGAUAUAUCUAAAUACAAAAUCAGAAGUUAAAACCAUACUGUGUUAUUCAUACCCUUACCUUAAAUAGCACAUCAGAUUAUUCAGAUACUUGAUACUCUGACCAAAAAACAUCCAUAGAAUUCAUAAGGAUGGCCGAGUGCAACACCUUGGAACAUUUUGUAUGACUAUUGUCGCUGAGUUUGACUUUGGUUACCUGAAUCAGUGGUUGUGUUUCCUGGAAACUCUCAAAGUAAAGUUGUUUUGGCUACCAUAAGAUAAAAUAAACUUUGAGUCUUGAAUGCAGGGAAGAUGACUUUAAAAGGGUUUGAAAGAGCAUUUUGGGACUCAUUUAGGCAUCAUGAACCUUUGAUAAUGUAUGAUUAAUAAAGUAACAUAUAGUUGCGCUGCUCUCUCUUUCUAGAACAUAUAGAUACAUGGAUAGAUGGCAGUGUCAGGAUUUUCACAGGAAUGUCUCAAAAGAUGAACCUAAGUAAUGCUGUUCCUAUUUUUCUUUGGACCCUCUCAAGUUUAAUUUAACAAUGCAUUGGCCAUUUUUUUCUCCCCUUUUCCUUUCUUAAUAAUAUGGAUUAUAUUGAUAAGAUUCUAUUCUUGUUUCUGAGAUAGUGAGAUAGUCAUGAUUUAAGUGAUCUGAUAACUUAUUUAUGCUAAAUGAUUACAGUAUACAUGAAUAGGUAAUGAUGGGAUGCCUUGAAUCUGGAACUAUGAACAAGUGAACAACCUUACGGCGCAGCACAGGGGUCUUGCUGGUCUAUAUUCUGUGAGUGGUGUAACUAGUUGUUAUAUAUUUUGUGCAUAGAACUCCUUAAAACCUGAUCAAAUCAUUCUCCCCUGAUAUCAAAUGUAGCUAACACGUUGUUAGUGAACCAUGUAAGUCCCCGUGUCAUUCUUUAACUGUUAUAGUUCCUUAUUUUUCCUGCAUCCAAAAUAAGGCGACACUCUAUGAGCAAUAAGGUUCGUGCUGGAUUAUUCUGUUUGUGCAAAAUAUGUUAGCUUUAGAAUUUAGAUAAUAGUCAAAAUUGAAUGGGACAUCAAAAACCCCACCUAAAAAACAUAUACAUAUUACUUAUAUAUGCCGGUUUUUUGGGAGCUUCUGUUGGCCUCUUCACAUAAGAACAUCUUAUGUUUAUGCAAACUGAAAAGUUGUGUUACAGUACUUCAUUUAGCAUCUGAAAUAGGUAGGUAGUACCUCAUUACACGAAUAAAAGGUCACAUAGUUUGAUAGAUUAAACCUUUUUUCGCAUCAAUCAGGUUUGUUCAGGUUGCUGAGAGCGUUCCUCUUUGCCUGAUUUGUUCACUUUCUGCUGGUGUGACCACUUUUGGGAAGAAAAAAAAACUCCCACCAAGAUAAGGGUUGUAAUGUGUAUCUUUCCAAUACGUCGAAAGGCUU